AUGUCCACAAUGUUCCCAGCCAUCUGUCUGGCGAUGCUGCUUCUUGAAGUCGGCCAUUCAGCCCAAGGCCGCUAUGCCCAGAAGCUUCUGAAUGACUUGAUGGAGAACUACUCAAGUGCCCUGCGGCCGGUGGAGGACACGGACAAAGCGCUCAAUGUCACCCUUCAGAUUACUCUGUCCCAGAUCAAAGACAUGGAUGAGAGGAACCAGGUGUUGAUAGCCUACCUGUGGAUUAGGCAGACGUGGUAUGAUACUUACCUCAAGUGGAACAAGGAGGACUAUGAUGGCCUUGAGGUCAUCCGCAUCCCGAGCAGCCUGGUGUGGAGGCCUGACCUCGUCCUCUAUAACAAGGCUGAUGAUGAUUUCUCAGGGCCGAUGGACACCAAUGUGGUGCUGCGCUACAAUGGAGAGCUAACCUGGGACGCUCCCGCCAUCACCAAGAGCUCCUGUGUAGUGGAUGUCUCCUACUUCCCCUUUGACAGCCAGGAGUGCAACCUCACCUUUGGUUCCUGGACCUACAAUGGCAACCAGGUUGAUAUCACCAUGGCCAUGGACAGUGGUGACCUGUCUGACUUUGUGGAGAAUGUGGAGUGGGAAUGCCACGGCAUGCCGGCCACCAAGAAUGUCAUCAUGUACGGCUGCUGCUCCGACCCUUAUCCCGACAUCACCUACACCGUGCUGCUGCAGCGCCGCUCCUCUUUCUACAUCUUCAACCUCCUCCUCCCCUGUUUCCUGAUCUCCUUCUUAGCACCGCUGGGCUUCUACCUGCCUGCAGACUCUGGGGAGAAGGUUUCCUUGGGCGUGACGGUGCUUCUGGCUCUCACUGUGUUCCAGCUGAUGGUGGCUGAGAGCAUGCCACCCUCUGAGAGUGUGCCACUUAUAGGAAAAUACUACAUUGCUACUAUGACCAUGAUCACGGCCUCCACGGCUCUCACAAUUUUCAUCAUGAACAUUCACUUCUGUGGUGCCGAGGCAAAGCCAGUUCCUCAUUGGGCUAAAGUCCUCAUCAUCGACUACAUGUCCAAGAUUUUCUUUGUUUAUGAGGUGGGUGAGAACUGUGCUUCCCCCUCCUCCUCCUCCUCCUCCUCCUCCUCCUCCUGUUCCUUUCCCCACACUGCACAGGAUGACUUCCAUCACCAGAACCUCAGACCCCACAUCCAGGCCAAUGGUAAAUCAGGCCAAUGCAAUCGGGGGGAAAAACAAUGCCCCAGAUACCCCAGACCUCAGACCCCAAAGCCCCAACACCAUCCCAGAGUGAAAGCCCACCAUCACAUCACUAGGGAGGAGAAGAACCACCUCUCCAGCUUUGCCCCUGGGAAAUACGAAGGCUCUAAUGGAAACAUCCCUGUGGGGAAGUGUUGUAAAGAAGAUAAAAAGGAGCCUUGCUGCCCAGAGGACCAAAAGCCUCCCUGCUGCCUCGAGGAUCGAAAGCCUCCAGUCGCGGGUCCCACUGUGACAUUUGGUCCCUGUGUGUUCUGUAGCCAUGGUAGUGGCAUCCCUGGCAUGGAUGCCAAGCUUGUGCGAAACGUAGAGUACAUUGCAAACUGUUUCCGUGAGCAGCGGGCUACGUGUGCCAAGGGGGCAGAAUGGAAAAAGGUCGCCAAGGUGAUGGAUAGGUUCUUUAUGUGGAUCUUCUUCAUCAUGGUUUUCCUGAUGAGCAUCCUCAUCAUUGGCAAGGCACCAUGA